GGUAGCGUGCGACACAGGUACGUCACAAGAGGUACAUUACAUGUACAUGUACAAGAGGGUAUACAUUGUUUUUAGAGAGCAGAAGCCGACCAGGAUAGGCAGUGGACUGUGUAGGCACUUACAAUUAAUUUGCCUCUUAGUUUAAUCAAGGGUGUUUCAAAUAUGUUUAGGGUAGGAGUCCCGGAAUUCGGUCCUUUCCACCUCACCUGGGCGGCAAAGCGCAUUAUUUAUGAGUCGUAAGAUGCCGGCCCAGACCCGACGAAACAUGGAAAGCAAACAUUCAAUAAUAAUAAUUGGAAGGGUAUAGCCACUGUUCCUGGGGGUCAUGUGCUGAUGGCGUUUAUUAUGACCUGUCGGCUGUAACGCCAUUACAUCAUAUGUGUUUGCAAGCACCCCCUCCCCUUCCGCUCGCCUUUGAGAUACCUAUAAUAAGUACAGUGCAUGGCAUGUACAUGUACCUGCGAUUAAUGCUCUCAAACAAUCUCCUCCUUACCCAUCGGCCAAACAGCUAUUAAUUAUUACGUGCUAGUUAACUACCGUAGAUCGAACCUCUGGGAACCUAACUUCUGCUAGACUCAGCUCUCAACCACUCCCUCUUCUCUUCUUCUCCUCCUCUCCUCCCACAGCUACCUCAGGUGCCUAAUCUCCUCCUUGUUCAUCCAUCUCUCUCUGCAUUGAUCUUCCAAACUCCCCCUCUAUCUUGAUCCAUCGUCGCUCUGCAACGAUUUUAUUCACAUUCUCAUCUACGAAAUUUGUUUCUUUGAAAGCAGAGUGAAGAUAGUCACCACUGUCGCUCACUAUAAAUCCUCCUCUUCUUAAACUUCUCUCUACCUAUCCUUGCUACUCUUUGAGGCCUACUUUUUCAUCCACUGCUUUGUUCCAUUUCAACAACCGACCUUCCAUUCCCAUCACUGCAGUCCUUGUCUGCUUCAAGAAAGCCUUGUCGUUUGCAAUUCAUUGAUUUCCAUCCUCCACAAUGACCCGCUCUCACAAGCUCAAUGACCGUGACCAUGCUGGCAUAGCUGAUGGCACCGCUGCUCCCGAAGCACAUCUACCCCGCUACUUCGCUAAACACGGCCAUAUUGAUGCCGACCCGAAGAAGACCAAGAAGGAUGGUGGCGGGAAGGGCAAUUGGGGCCGUUCUGGAGAAGAAGUGCAUGACUACGGGUAUACCUUUACCAACGCCAGACGUCGCUCCAACAGUAGCACCCAGGGCUUGGCUGAGUUCAAGACCAAGUUCGAAACCGUUGAGCCGGACCCGGUCUUCGAGGAGGAAAUACAUGGCCCUCUCCAUGAGGAUAUCAACGGCGUGGAUGGAAUUGGGGUCAAGAGCAACGAAAGUAGCACCAGUGGCACCAGCGAGGCGGAGAUUGAGGUGAAGAAGGCUUAGGUUUUUGGUCGAAUCCUUGUCUUCCUCCACCCCCUCCCCUCCUGUUUCUUCUCCUUGACCUCUCUCUCAUGUUUCUUCAAAGGGUUUAGCUUUCUUUUUUCCUCUCUUUGCGUUAUGUGGAGUUCUGCCGGCCGGUUGUUAUUCUUUUGAUUGUUGUCAUCUCUUUUAUUUUUUGUCUUGAGAUAGCUUGAUGCCCCGAAGUGCAGACAUUAUCAUCUGCUCUGAUGCGACGGGUAGGGCUCUUUACUUUGCCAUCAUCUUUUUCCAUGUAUGCGCACUAUCUGAUGAAAGACAUGUGAAAUUGACAGAUAGCGCGGAAUCAGAUAUCGGGUAUUUAAAAUAACUAUAUCCCAAUAUAACUUACUAUGAAAUAUAGAUACUAUUUAUAUCCGCGCCGAUGGACAGGGAUGGGGAUCUACAUUCGUAGUGAUGUGCGGCUUCUCUUGUAAAAUCCUUGUUCUUGGUUAUCUUGAGUAGUUAGUGUUUGUUUUAGGAGACUUUUAUGUUAUCUUGCUAGCCAUUCCGUUAACACCUUAGCUAGAUAUCCCGGUUAUUGAAGACGGUCUGAAUUUCAUUCUCUGAGAAUCAUAUUGUUUCAGCUUCAAAAGACACUGGAGAGCACUAUAUAAUAUAUAUAUAUAUAUAUAAAAAGCGGAUUCAUUUCCCCAUUUUCUGGCAUCCAUUGCACGCGAUCAGAUGCAACAUACACAAGCGGUGGGAAUAUCAACUUCUGUCAUUCACUCAUUCGUUCAUUCGUUCAUUUUGAAAAGCCAAUCCAUGACCGGUAUCGUCUUCUCCAGGAACAAUAUUCAAUAUAAGACCCCAAUCAACACAUUCCAUUCUGCUCUUGACCUCGAUUCAAAGUGCCGAUUUUCGGAUUUCAAAUGACCUGUGAUCAGUAGCAGUAUUUUUCG